CAUGUUAAAACUUGCUGAACCAGUUUCUUUUUGCGAAGUAAAUUUCCUAUGAGUAGAUUGUAUGCUUAAUGUAUUUUCAAAAUCUUACAAUAGGAUAGGAUUAUGCACAUCAGUAUGGAAAUAAGGAUCUUGCUAUUUUUCCUCUCAACAGUCACUGUAAUCCAUUGCACUAUCCAUAAUGACGAGAACCACCAGAUUUCCUGGAACUUUGGAACACAAGAAGGUGAAGAGGUGAAGCCAGUUAUAUUAUGCCGCCAGAAGAGAAUGUGGGUUCUAGGUACUAUUCAUAUCACAGAAGAAGAUAAAGGACCUUUUCCAAAAGUUGGAAUAAGAAUUAACAAUGACAGAUCAGUUCAGGAGAAACUUAUAUUCAGACUGAGUGGUGAUGGAGUUGACAUAGCACCGGAGUUGGGCUUGUUCUAUCUAAACCCAAGCACAGGAUUAAUAAUGAUUAAUCGCACAGUUGAUCGUGAAAAAACACCAACAUUUUCAUUGAAUAUUGAUGCUUUGAGUGCACAAACCUCAGAGAAGGUAGAUCAAACAUUGAAAUAUCUUAUUAGAGUGAAAGAUAUCAAUGACAAUGCACCAAUCUUCAAUGAUUCAAGAUAUGAAGUAAAUGUACCUGAAAACGCUGCCGAAGGUAAAGAAAUUUUUCGAGUUAAUGCCACAGAUAAGGAUGAGAAAAACAAUCCGAACUCACAUAUUUCAUACUCGCUGAUUUCUCAGAAACCCUCAAAAGAUUCCAGUCAUUUUCACAUCAAUGGUACAAAUGGAGCAAUAAGUUUUACAGGAUGCCUAAAUUAUGAGAGGGUCAAAUCUUACCUCCUUACUGUUAAAGCAAGAGACAAUGGUGAGAACAUCCUCAGCAGUACAGUAACAGUACAGAUUAAUGUCACUGAUUCUAACAAUAAUCUUCCUGCUUUUAUCAGAACUGGCAGCUUUUCAGGUCAAGUAAAGGAAAAUGAUGAACAUGUGACUAUACUUAGAGUAAGUGUCACUGACAAAGAUAAUCCCAAAACACCAGCCUGGAGGGCAAAGUAUAACAUAAUAGAAGGGAAUGAACAUGGAAAUUACAAGAUUGAAACUGAUCCAGAAACAAAUGAUGGAAUUCUAUCCCUUGUUAAGCAUUUGAACUAUGAAGGUGGUUCAAAGAGACAGCUGAAGAUCUCUGUCGAAAAUGAGGAAAUGUUUUUUAGUUGUUCAAAAAAGACUGAUGACCAAAAAGCUGAUGCACUAGACAGUGUAUCUGUAGUUGUCAAUGUGUAUGAUAUUAAUGACGCUCCUGUGGUCCACCCUCCAGAAGUAACUGUUCAGCUACCAGAAGGUCUCAAAUUAAACAAAGAAUUGGUGAAAUUUAAUGCAACUGCUCAUGAUAAAUUGAUUACAAAUAAUAUCAGAUUUGUCAAGGCUUAUGAUCCAGAAGGCUGGGUUACUGUUAAUGAGAAGACGGGUGUCGUUACAACUGUUUGUGUAUUAGAUCGCGAAUCUCCUUAUGUGAAAGAAAGCAUUUAUAAAGUUGUUGUUCAUGCAGUUGAUGAUGGGAGACCCCCUCAAACUGGAAGUGGUACUUUAAACAUUUUGUUGAUGGAUAUCAAUGACAAUAAGCCACGUUUGGUUUCUACAUAUGAAAAAAUGUGUGAUGAUGGAGGUAUUCAGCAUGUCACUCUUACAGCAAAAGAUGAUGACAUGAAUCCAUUCAGUGGUCCAUUUCACUUUGAACUUCUAGACAAUGAACAAAAUAUUAAGGAAAAAUGGAAAUUAGAUCAAGAGAUUGGUUAUUCCGUUAAACUUGUAAGAAUGAAGAAAAUUCCCAUUGGAAACUACAUCAUACCUUUAAACAUCAGAGAUAGAGAGGGUGUGGGGACUAAGAACACACUCCAACUAUGGGUCUGUCACUGUAAUAAUGGAAGUACCUGCCCUCAUUCAAGUCCAACAUCAGUUACCUUAGGUGCUGGUGCUAUUGGUCUUUUCUUUGGAGCUUUGCUCCUUGUGUUACUUGGUUUUCUUCUGAUUUUGUUUAUGAAGAAGAAAAGCUUUGAGGUGUUACCUUGUGAGUAUUUCAAAGGAACACUGAUAAAUUACAACAAUGAAGGACCUUGCGAAAUAACCAGUAGGAUUGCACCUAAAUUGUCCAUUGGAAAAGGAUCGGCUUUGGACAGUGAAGCUAAAAGUUCCUUUGAUGAAUCACGUCCAGAUCACCAGUUCGGGAGAAGUAAAGUGAAUCUAGAACAUCCUCCGCCACCACAGGAAAUACACAUUGGUCUGAAGAAGCUUGGACCAAGUAUCAUAACUUCACCUAAUCCAGGAAACAUACCGGGCUUUUGGAAAGAUGGUGACUUAACUCAGUGUGAUGCUGGUGUGAAAAAAGUCGGAGAAAUCAUAUAUCGGAGACUGAAUGUUUACAACGCCAGGGAAGAUACACAAGAACAUUAUCAGCCCCAUGUUUAUCAGUAUGAAGGCGAAGAAAAUAAAACAGCUUCUCUUGACAGCAUCACUAUAGUUGAAAGUAAUGCUGGAUUCUGCUACCUGGAUAACUUGGAGCCAAACUUCAUUGCACUAGUCAAGAUUUGUCAACAAAAAAAUUAAGAAUGAAUUGCAUCUGAAUUUUCCCCAAAUUAAAAUUCAUUCAAAAGCAACAAAUAUCACACACCUUUUGUUUUCAGCCUGUGUUGUUACAAACAAAAUCUCAAAACAUCAGGCAAAACUACAUUAAAUUGUUCCCUGCGAAUGAGAAAUAACAGCCUUGUACACAUUGCGUGCUAUCUCACCACACUCCAACCCUUUGAUUCAAAUUUAGAGUAUAUGAAAAGGGGGAAGCUGUGCAUGUUCAACUUCUUGAUUAGCUAACAUGCUAUCAGAUUCAGAAAAAGGGGGCAGUAAACAUCUGUUAUAGUAAGCAUGCUAAAAUAUUAAAUCUUAUCAUGUUAUCCUUUCAGCUACUAACUGGAAGUUCACAUUUAUUUUUAAAUGCCCCAGGGGAGAUUGUAACGUUCAGCUGAAUUUUAUGGCCCUUCCUGUUGGUGAGAUUUUCUGGUCCCGCCAAAGUCAAUGGACUUUUGAAUGGCUGGCUGCAUUUUCUGGUCCUGCCCCUGCCUCGAUGGGACCAAAAAAUUCCGCUCAUGAUGAAAAUUCUAUACUCCUUUGAAUGGAAUAUAAGUUGACAAUUACGGAAAAGAGAGACAUGUUGCCAAAGCUUUUUGUCUUGCACUCAUCAGGACAAACGCAAAUGUUAAAUUUCAAACAAUCACAACAAUUUGUACAACAGGAGAAAAAGUGUACUGAUUGGUUGGCACUUCGAGUCUGAUUGGCCAAGGUAUCUCCAUAGCAAAAGCUACGGAGAACUAUAGGCUCCCUUUCUUCCAGGUAAUUCAAAAAAGGCACAAGGUAUGAACAUCUUCCUUUUGUUUACAGAGACCAUUUCCCUGUGUGUGUAUGAAUGUAUGUCAUUUACAGCAAACAUAAAGCAGCCGCAUCGCGAGCUCAACUGAUUAUCUUAAA